AUGGCUUCUGCUUCCGCCUCCGACGCUCUUCGCGGCCACCUCGCCUAUGAGCCGGUGCCCCUGAAAUUUGGUACCAGCGGCCGCCGUGGCAAAGUGGUGGAUUUGACCCAGUUGGAAAUUUAUACUAAUGUACUUGCGGAGAUUCGCUACCUCAAGUCUCUCGACCAACAGGACGGUGGUAUUAAGCCCGGUGAUGACUUCUAUUUCGCGUAUGACCUUCGGCCCAGCUCCACAAGCUAUGUUGAGGAGAGCCGCGGAGGACUCUCUCAAGCGGUAGAGCAGGCAUUGAAGGAUGAAGGCAUGCAUCCCAUCAACCUAGGUGCUAUCCCCACGCCGGCUCUGACCUACUAUGCCCUGAAACAUGGCAAGGGCAGUAUUAUGGUGACCGGAAGCCACAUCCCGUUCGACCGCAACGGGUACAAACUCAACACUUCAAAAGGGGAGCUCCUGAAGAAGGAUGAACAACCUAUUAACAACAAUGUUCAAGUCACUCGUGAAGAGCUACUUUCUCAGCCAUACACUGAGUCCCUUUUCAAUGAGCGGGGCAUGCUUCGCAGCGCCCCAUCCAACCUCCCACCCGUUGCGGCUGAAGGGAGAGCUGCAUACAUUCAGCGCUACACGGACUUCUUCCGGGGGGAAACCCUUCAAGGCAAAAGGCUUCUCGUCUACCAGCACUCUGCCGUUGGCCGUGACGUCCUAGUGGAGAUUCUCGAAAAGCUUGGGGCUGAGGUUGUCACCGCUGGCCGAAGUGACACAUUCGUACCCAUUGAUACUGAAGCCAUCGAUCAAGUCCAACUGGACACGGCCCAGAACCUUUACGACAGCACUGGACAGCAAUUUGACGCGGUAGUUUCUACUGAUGGCGAUAGCGAUCGCCCUCUUAUCCUAGCCCCUGAAGGAGGGAAGCUCCGAUUCUUCGGUGGUGAUCUGUUGGGCAUGGUUGUCGCCGAGUUCCUCGGUGCCGAUUCUGUCGUGGUGCCCAUCAGCACUAACGAUGCCAUGGAUCGUGGCUCACUUGCUAGUGUCACUGAGCCUAAGACGAAGAUUGGCAGUCCUUACGUGAUUGCUGGUAUGCAGCACUCUCUCUCCAAGGGACGUCGUCGCGUCUGUGGAUGGGAAGCCAACGGUGGCUUCCUCACUGGCUCUGAUAUCGAGCGCAACAGUAAUGUCCUCACCGCACUCCCUACCCGUGAUGCUGUGUUGCCUCUGCUCUGCGCCUUGUUUGCGGCGGGCAACCGCGGAAUCACUCUACCCGAACUGUUCGCCACGCUGCCCAAGCGUUCAAGCCGUGCCGCUUUGAUUCGGAACUUCCCCCGCGCAACGAGCUUGAAGAUUAUCGACCGCUUCUCCCCACCAGAGUCCACGAUGCAGGAGGUAUCCUACCAGCCAGAUCACGUUGUCGCUGUCGACGGCAGCCGUGCUCAGCUUCAGGUUACGGAGUCUCACGCCAAGAAACUCGAGCAGAUUCGCCAAGAGCUUGAGACCGUGUUCUCCCCGGAAUAUGGGUUCUCUUCUAUUGCCCGUCUGAACUACACGGACGGAGUUAGGAUCAUCUUCGCUAACGGCGAUGUUGCUCACUUCCGCCCCUCAGGCAACGCGGAUGAACUCCGUAUCUACGCCGUUGCUGACACACAGGAGCGUGCCGAUGCAAUCGCUUCUCAGGGUGUCGCCGAACCGAAUGGCCUUCUUAGGAGCUUGGAACGUACGGUUUAA